CUUUUUCAUUCUCUUUAUCCCAAGAAUUCAUUCACUGAAGCAAUGUUAAGAGCAAUGGCAAUGGUGAGGCCAGUAACGCUCUCUCUCCAUCUCAAACCUCUCCUUCCUUGUUAUUUCCCGCCAAAACCACUCCACUUCUCUCGACUUUCAAAACUCGUACAAUCUUUAACCACACGCGCUUCAAAUAAUAAUGCAGGUUGUGGGAUUAUUGAGCCCAAUUAUCUAUCUUGCUGCUUGCCUGAUAAAAAUAAUCUCAGAAUUGCUCUUCUCCUUAGUGGCGGCGUCGAUAGCAGCGUCGCUCUCCGCCUCCUUCAUGCCGCUGGCCACCACUGCACUGCCUUUUACCUCAAAAUUUGGUUCCAAGAAGAUUUUGAGAAUUUUUGGUCAGAAUGUCCAUGGGAAGAAGAUUUGAAGUACGCUAAAGCUGUUUGUGAUCAGGUCGAUAUACCAUUAGAAGUUGUGCAUUUAACUGAUGAAUACUGGAAAAACGUGGUUUCUUACAUUAUUGAGGAGUAUCGCUGUGGUCGAACUCCCAAUCCAGAUGUUCUCUGCAAUACAAGAAUUAAGUUUGGUGCAUUCAUGGAUGCCAUCAACAAUAUGGAAUUUGAUUAUGUUGCUUCUGGGCAUUAUGCCAAGGUCAUCCACCCAUCUGCAGAUGAAAUAAAUCAGCCUUCUGUCUUAGAACUCUCAAAAGACAUGGUGAAGGAUCAAACUUAUUUCCUUUCACAUCUGUCACAGGCCCAGCUUAGACGUCUUAUUUUUCCGCUUGGUGGUAUCUCAAAGGAUGAAGUUCGCAAGCUUGCCACACUUUUUAAUUUGCCUAACAAAGACAGAAAGGAUUCACAAGGAAUAUGUUUUCUCGGAAAGAUCAAAUUUAGUGAAUUUGUUGCAAGACAUAUUGGGGAGAUGGAAGGUAUCAUGUUGGAAGCUGAGACAGGAGAUUUCCUUGGCAACCAUAGAGGAUUUUGGUUCUACACAAUUGGUCAAAGACAAGGUCUGCGUCUUCCUGGGGGUCCCUGGUAUGUUGUGGAGAAGGAUGUUAAGAACAAUGUAGUAUUUGUGUCGAGGAAUUAUUUUUCAUUUGACAAAAGAAGGCGCUUAUUCCGUGUUGGCUCCUUGAGAUGGUUUAAUGGGUCGCCCCCAAAAGAGACCAGUGAGCUCCAAUGUAAGGUGAGACAUGGCCCUGGGUUUUAUAAUUGCAGUGUGGUAAUUGAACCUGGUGAGGUUGAUGAUCAAGAUGUUGCAAUUGUCCAGUUGUGUGAAGAUGAUCAAGGUCUAGCAGCAGGGCAAUUUGCAGCCUUCUACAAGGGAAGAACCUGCAUAGGCUCUGGUGUGAUUCUGGAGUCUUGGAAUGAUCAGGGAUUUCCUGUAUGUGAAAGGGCUCUUGAGCUAGCAAGAAUAGAAGACAAAUCUGAGCUUGGGAAACCAGUUAAAAUAAAGGUUAAACCAGAAAUUCCUGUGAGAGAGUUUGAUGGAAAGGACGGUAUAGAAGUUGAGAGAGGACUAAAUAAUUCCCAGGUUGCUGUCACAAGUUAAAAGGGAAGGAGGUUGAGCGUAUCAGCUUAGAAGAAAUUUCCAGAUUGCAGUGAUCUGCAUAUGUGAUAUUAAACAAAGUGAUUCAAAUUCUAUUCGUAAAAUUGUAGAGCGCUAACAAAGGCUAACAUGACAAAGGCUUUUUUGUUGCAUAUGAAAGCUAGGGUUUAGCACUCUGUUCUGCCAAUGAAUCUCUGGUGGUGCAAGGGUCACGGAAAUUUUUAAAUAUGAGUGUACAAAUUCUGGAUGGAAAACGGUCCCACCCUUCCAUGAGCCGGAGUCUUAUCUUCCCAGAAUGUUUAGGAGUGCUCCAAUUCUUAAUGUACAUUUUGUUACAGCAAUUAUUUAGAUUAUACAAAUUUUAAGUUUCAAGUUUA